AUGGAUCAGAAGAUAUUGAGGGAGGAAAGGUUGGUAAUAACACUCGACUUAUUAGAAAGAGUAAGUUUCAACAUUAUUUAAUAUUUAUUAUGUUUAGGAUGUGAUUAGGAUUAAAAAUGGAGAGCCAGUCUUACCGAAAUGCUUAACGGUUUUGAAGUUGGAUGAGAUGUUAUUGAAGUAUCAACACGUGAGUUAGCAUUUUGUGCUUAUUUUUCCCUUUUUUUCUAACUUUCUGGUCUAUUCAUAGCUCUGGAUUUCAUUGUUGAACAAGUUGACCCUAGUACAUUCAAAAAUAAACGAACCAUAUAAUUAUAUUUAAACAUAAAUUAGAGUUUACAAGUAUUUGCAGUACUAUGAGACAUGUUACAGAAUCUUAAAACUAGAGGGACAAGAUCAACAACAUGGGACCUCGUUCCGGCUGAUGUCGUAGUUCGGUUGAAGGCAGGAGAGCUUAUGACAGAUCCUGAAAAGUUGUUGAUAUCUAAAUGUGUGGCACCUCUGCUACAACAACAUUGUAUGAAGAGGAAUUCUCCUUGGAGAGAUGAAAGUCGGCUAUAUUUGGCUAACUUGUUUGAACCGUAUCCUCAACUUCAUAUCGUGAGUUUUCUCGCAUCAUGA